AAUCAUUCUGGAAAUGGUGAUAAUUGUACCAAGGAAAAAGACAGUAGGUGGUGGAGAUUAUAUAUACAAGUUGCAGAAGAAGUAAGGAUACAUCAAAUUCCUCAUGGAGUACUCUGUGGAAUCUUUGGGAAGAGAUCUUAAGAACGUGAGGAAGUACUUCGGGAGUGGAAAAACAAAGGAAGCAUCAUGGAGAGAAUCACAGCUUAAAGGGUUGCACAGUUUUCUAGUUGAAAGAGAGCAAGAAAUUUUGAAUGCCCUCAAGCGUGAUUUGGGGAAGCAUUGCGUUGAGGCCUUCAGAGAUGAGGUAGGAACGUUGGUGAAGACCUUAAACUGCGCCAUAAAGCAUUUGAAAAAAUGGAUGGCGGGGGAAGAGGCUAAAUUGCCAAAAAUAGCACUGCUUUCGAGUGCUGAGAUAGUUCCUGAACCACUUGGUCUUGUUCUCAUAAUCUCAUCAUGGAACUUCCCUUUUGGACUGUCCUUGGAGCCACUGAUAGGAGCAGUAGCUGCUGGAAACACUGCAGUUCUGAAGCCUUCAGAGAUGUCCCCUACUUGCUCUUCUCUUUUAGCCACUGUCCUUCCAACUUACUUGGACAACAAUGCCAUUAAAGUCAUCGAAGGUGGACCAGAAGUGGGAGAGCUACUCUUACAGCAAAGAUGGGACAAGAUUUUCUUCACAGGAAGUGCGAGGGUGGGAAGAAUUGUUAUGUCUGCUGCAGCUGUGCAUCUUACUCCGGUGACUUUGGAGUUGGGUGGAAAAUGUCCGGCACUGGUUGAUUCUCUUACUUCUUCAUGGGACAGAGAGGUGGCUGUGAAACGAGUUUCGGUGGCAAAAUUCGGGGCUUGUGGAGGACAAGCAUGCAUAGCAGUCGAUUAUGUUCUUGUAGAGAAGAGUUUCAGUUCUACAUUGGUGACAUUGAUGAAAGAUUGUAUUAAGAAAAUGUUUGGAGAAAAUCCUCAAGAGUCGAACACUGUUGCAAGGAUAGUUAAUGAGAAACAUUUCAUGAGACUCAAGAAUCUUCUCACUGAUCCAAGGGUGAAAGAGUCGGUGGUUUUUGGAGGUUCAAUGAACGAAAAUGACUUAUUUAUUGAACCCACAAUAUUGUUGGAUCCCCCGCUUGAUUCAGCAGUCAUGGCUGAGGAAAUCUUUGGCCCGGUGCUUCCAAUUAUCACUCUGGAGAAGAUUGAAGACAGUGUCGAGUUCAUAAGCUCAAGGCCUAAACCAUUAGCAAUUUAUGCCUUCACGAAAAACCAAACUCUGCAGAGAAGAAUGGUAUCUGAAACAUCAUCCGGAAGUCUUGUUUUCAACGAUGCAAUUCUACAGUACAUAGCGGAUACCCUACCAUUUGGAGGAAUUGGGGAAAGUGGGUUUGGCAAGUACCAUGGGAAGUUCUCCUUUGACGCGUUCAGUCACCCUAAGGUUGUGGCCAGAAGAAGUUACUUCACUGAUUUUUGGUACAGAUUUCCUCCAUGGACUCUUAACAAGCUCCAACUACUUGAGGUGUCUUACAAUUUGGAUUAUCUUGGAAUACUUCUAGUUCUGCUUGGCUUAAAGAAGUCAAAACGCUCCUCAUUUUAAGCUUGUAAUUCAUCUGUUAUUUCCAGUUAGCCCCUAAUAAGGAUCAUCAUUCCUACCCAGUGUGAUUUCUAAGUUUGUUAUGCUUCAAUAAGUGUAUUCUAUUUGGUUCUA